AAUUUAAUUGUAAAGAUUUGAUUUUUCGGGAAGCGGUUUUGGGAUUGGCGUUCUACGUAUGCAUAUAGAGCUAGGCGGCUACACGCGUCUAUACCGUCUUCCGUAUUUGUGCUUCUCAGUCAGAGUCAAAUGGGAUUUUUUUCCUUCUUUCACGAUCUUUGAAUGAGAAUUCUACCUUCAAAACCUUUGGCUUCGUUCCAAUCUGUACCAAAUAUACAAAACCCAUUUCUGUUUGUUUUGCUAUAAUUGGUGAUCAGCCUAGCCUGAAGCUUUCCAUUUUCUUGGCAUCAAUUUCGUCUGGUAAAUUUCUUCUUUCUUCGGCCUUGGAGGGUAAGAGUCUGCUCUCUUCUCCUCUCUGCGUUUCCGUGUGUUGUUCGAUUCCUGAUCUAAUUGCGCAAGAAGUCCCUCUAGUUAUUUUGGGGUUUCUUUUGGGGAAGAAAUGAGGAAUUAGGUCUUGGGAGUCUGAAUAUCUAUUCCCCCCGGCCCCCCAAAAAAAAAAAAUUCAUUUAUAUCGUUGGAAGUUUCUUCUGGGUCGUGGUGAUUAUCACCCAGCGUCCCUAAUCUUACAAACAUGGCUGUAUUAUUGUGUAACUUAUUGUGAAUUUGAGGUUCAGGCUUAAAUCACAGCCUCAACUUCGUUUGUUCAAUCCUCUUGUUCAUCACCUGUGAAAAUGUCGUCCACUGGUGUGGCUGCUCUUAGUCCGGUUCGCAUUGAGCUGUUGGCUCCAAAUGUAUUCCGUUGCCCAUCACACUUGUCCCUGGAUGAUUCCAUUUAUAUUUUUCUCUGUUUCUCGGGAUCAGUGACUCCCAUGCGUGUUCUGGAGUGUGAUACUAUUGAGUCUGUAAAACUCAAAAUCCAAAAUUGUAAUGGGUUUUUAAAAAGGAAGCAAAAAUUGGUCUGUGGUGGCCGGGAACUGGCCCGGAGUGAUUCUUUACUCCGGGACUAUGGGGUAACAGAUGGAAAUUUUCUGCAUUUGGUCGUCAACUUGUCGGAUCUUCGGGCGAUCAGUGUGAAAACUUCUUGCGGCAAGGAAUUUACAUUUCAUGUGGAACGAGGUAGGGAUGUCGGGUAUGUGAAGCAACUGAUUGCCAAGAGGGAGAAACAGUUCUCUGAUCCUGAACAGCAAGAAGUUCUGUGUAAUGGGGAGCAGCUUGAGGACGAGAGGCUUAUUGACGAUAUCUUUCUCAAACAUAAUGAUGCAGUGUUGCGCCUGGUGAUAAAAAAAUCUGCCAAAUUUCAGGCAAAGCCCCUUGAGAAGAAUAUUGAGUUGUCUGUUGUGGCAACAGGGUUGAGUGAUAGGAAAAAUUAUGACACUGUUAGAAGCAGUAACAGAUAUGAUGUUGAUGAAGAAGCUUCCAGGGAUAUUGUGCUAAGAAAAACUCCUGAUAAACAUGUUCUUUUGGAUCCAGUUAUCCUUAACCCUAAGGUUGAAUUAGCUUCAGUGGUUUGUGAUAUGAUAAACUCAACAUAUGAUGGCAUAGAAAAAGGAAAUUAUCCAGUCAGAUCUGCUGAGGGUACCGGAGGGGCUUACUUUAUGAUGGAUUCAACGGGGCAGAAGUACGUAUCUGUUUUUAAGCCUAGGGAUGAAGAGCCUAUGGCUGUGAAUAACCCUCGGGGUUUGCCUGUGUCAUUGGAUGGGGAAGGCUUAAAAAAGGGUACAAGGGUUGGUCAAGGAGCAUUCCGGGAAGUUGCAGCUUACAUCCUGGAUCAUCCAAUUAGUGGGCGUCGCUUGUUUUUUGGUGAUAAGAAGGGCUUUGCUGGGGUUCCCCCCACAGUUCUAGUUAAGUGCCUCCAUGAUGGAUUUAACAAUCAUGGGGACCUGACUGCUAAGAUUGGCUCCUUGCAGAUGUUCAUGGAGAAUAAUGGAAGUUGCGAGGAUAUGGGCCCGGGUGCUUUCCCAGUUAAAGAAGUGCACAAAAUUUCCGUGCUGGAUAUAAGGCUGGCAAAUGCAGACAGGCAUGCUGGGAAUAUUUUGAUUGGUGCUGAAGGAGAAAAUGACGGGGCUGAAUUGAUUCCAAUUGAUCACGGAUACUGCUUGCCUACAAGUUUUGAAGAUUGCACCUUUGAAUGGCUUUAUUGGCCCCAAGCUCGCCAGCCAUACUCCCCAGAGACUAUUGACUACAUAAAGUCACUGGAUGCUGAAGAAGAUAUCGCUCUUUUGAAGUUUCACGGAUGGGACCUCCCCAUUGAAUGUGCUCGAACUCUUCGAAUCUCGACCAUGCUCCUGAAAAAAGGGGUGGAGAGAGGGCUGACACCCUUUGAAAUUGGAAGUCUGAUGUGCAGAAAAUCCUUGAACAAGGAAUCAGUGAUCGAGGAGAUCGUGCAAGCCGCGCACGAUUCGGUUCUACCUGGAAUGAGCGAAGCAACGCUGCUUGAUACUGUUUCCCAUAUCAUGGAUCAGCGCCUUGAUGAGAUUUCCAGUUCACUCUCUUGAUUGUAGUUAAAUCAUGUAUCAGGCACAGGGUUCGUACACAAGUUUAUUCUGUACAUGUGGUUUAGUACAUACGUAUUACUCAUAUGAUUUGAUUUUUUUUUAGGUCAUGACAACAUUCUUUCAUCGCAAUGACUUUCUAGGUCUGGAAUCUUUUAUUUCCCACAUUUCACAUAUAUCUUCAAGUUUGUGUGUUUUUUAUUUCUUUCCCAACCUUGAAUUCCAGAGAUGCCUGAGGAAUCCUUUACGUUUGAUAUUUGUAGUUCAAUAUGAUUAUGUUAAAAAAAUUCCCGUGCGA